AUGCUCACACCACUAUUCCUCCUCGCGGUCGUCGCGGCGCAGACCAUGCCCACGGCCAACGAGAUCCCCGCCCUCCCCAUCGUCCCCGUCUCAUUGCCAUUCGACAUGGUGUUCGCGGCACACUCUCCGCUCUUACGGUUUGGCGAGUCCACAGCCCAAGGCGAGGACUGGCACAUGAUCGUUCCCGGUCGUUUCCCCCUCCCAAACGAAACCCUCUCCACACCAGUAACCUAUCAAUUUGGUCCUGCUCCAGCCUUCGAUUCAGAAUUUUACGCUCCCCUUUUGGGAACAGGCGUUCUCCUCACAGGAAACACGUCGCCCGACUAUGAUGGCUGGUGUCGUGCUGUGGCGGGGUUAGCCGAGAAUGGGAUAACUGGUAUCGGACCACUAGUAGACGCAAACUACGGGGGUUUCACGCGGACCGCAGUCGUCCUCUGGCGCGGCGAUACAGGCGGUAACGGCACAGUGGACAUUGCGAGCAUGACCGUGCGCACGGGCAUGAACUCGACCGCUCCUUCACUGGUGGAGGUACCCACAUCACACGUUCCGUUCGUGGUGGAUGGCCAGGCUAACCCCGACUUCCAGUACGUGGGAAACUGGACAGUCUCGCCCUCCCUCCCAGACGGAACGCCACAUGCUACCCUCGUCUCCGGGCCUGGCAACUCUUCAAUCCCGCCAACCCUCAAGAUGACCGUGCCGAGGGGAACAGCGUUCCUCAUCGUGAACGGCACGGCGCGGGCCGGUGCUGGUGCUCUGGCAGUGGCGUGGAACAUCGUCCCGGCUUAUGUCCUCGAGGCGACGGGAACAUAUUCUUAUCCCCCCUCGAACGCGGGUAAUGCCUUCAUCGCGCCUGGCGAGGUAUAUUACUAUGCCGCCCUGGAUCCGGCUGUCGCGUACGACCUAACCCUCGGGCCAUACGGGCAGACGGAGGCGUUCGUGGACCUUGUCAGCGUGACAUUCUAUUCAUCCUCCCAAGAAGCAAAGUUCCCAUUCACGACCAAGACGCUAGCCGACUUUCCGGGAUCCUACGACACGCGGGGAAACGCUGUGCGCGGUGACGCUGUGCCCGGUGACGCUGUUGUGCAACCACAGCGCCGACAAGUUGGCCCCAUAGUUGGGGGAAUCAUUGGCGCCGUGUUCGUUUUGGCCGUCGUUGGCGGAGUGGUAUGGUGGCGGAGACGGAGGGCUAUCCCGCCGAGAUUGCACAUUGACGCGGAGACACCGCCGCCCUCGCCGUCCGAGGUUGUCGAGCCACCGCUGGUUACGCCGUGGGAGGGCGAGUCCAGUCAGUCGGGUUUCCCCAGGACCGAGAAACUCCCAGGAGCGGCACUUUCGCCGGCCAACACUGUGCGGAUAGUCUCGCCGCCGCCAACGCUCAGCCUCAAUACACAAACCCCAGCAAGCCCAACUUUACCUGAGCCAGGACCGGACCCGCGAAAGUUCGGAUACGAAACCUUGUUCACUCGGAGACCACGGACUCGACGCGUGGAGCGUAACUCGCCCACACAUGCUCUGGACGCAGGACUCUUGCCCCCGGUAUAUGAUCCGGCAUGGCGCCAUGGAGCCGGCGGACGUGUCGGGUAA